UUUCUGCUCUUUAUAUCUUUAUUUAUGCACAAACACGAUACAGCACAUAAUCAAAAUGACACAAAAACUUUCAACAUUCUGCUGGAUUCCAAUUUUAAAACUGUUUUGUCCAAGUAAGCCUUAUUAAUAUGGUGAAAUACUGAAAUUAAUCACAGUGGAAUCUCUAGAUUCGGAUGAAUAGCAUUAUGAUAGCCACGGAUUUGCAAUUACGAAACCAAGGUUUUAUCUAUAGAAUUCGGCCCCAUAUUGCAGGGCCAUUUUUUUUCCUGCGUUAUUGAAUCAUCUGUUUGCAUCAUGGUUCAUGGAUGCAACCUGAAGUUUACGAGUGGACAUGCCUCCUACCGCCUAAAAAGACUGAAAUGCGCAUAUAAUGUAACCAAUAAUAAAUUUCUUACUUAUAUGAGCUCUGGUGUAACGAUUUUUGGUGAUAAAAAUAAGUUUUCCGUCUUCAAAGCGGUCGUAUAAAACUAUUUACAUCUCCAGAAGCGCACUCCUAUACCUCGCGUUAUGAGACCAGCGAAGCGUGACGAAAUUUUCCAUGGAAAUGCAUGUAGUCGCACAUCUGUAUAACGGGUUAAGGUAUAUGCAGGAGUAGGUAAAAAGCUGUGCCCACAUAUACCCAAUCACUAAACCGCUAAGAAAGCUAUGGACGCGAUCCUGGAAAAGAUGGCCUCGUUUGAAGAAAUGUUCUUGCAGCUCAAGAACAAACAAGAGGAGUAUGAAUCGAGUUCUAAAAUUAAUUCUAACGAAAGUGAUACUGCUUCUCCUGUUGUUGUUGUUUCAGGGUCACCAGAACUCAAGGAAAUGCACAAGAUGCUGACUGGCCUGGAAACAUCACUGAAAGACUUAACAGCUCUUGUGAAGAGGACAGACGACCGGCUUGACGAUCUUGAACAAUAUGGACGCCGCAACUGCCUAAUUAUUCAUGGGAACAGGAUGGUCAGAAAUGACGUCUAUGCCCAGAAAAGAAACCUCAAGGGAACUGGAAUGGCGAUGACGGAGUCCCUAACAUCGCGGAGGCUACAGAUCGUGGAGAAGGCCAAAGCUUCCUUUGGAUUUCGGAAUGUCUGGACUGCAAAUGGAACCAUCUAUGUGACCCACAACAACAAAAGGCAAGUCAUCCAAAAUUUUAAUGGUAUUGAUAAGCUAGUUUCUGUGAAGGCCUCCACUUAAACUGCUUAAUGUUUGAAAUAAAUUCACUUUUUUAUAUUUAUGUAUUGUGUAUUCUGCACCGUCCACAGCAUGGCAGCUUCUCAUCACCACAUUACACAUUUGGCCAGUUCUUAAUACCUUAACCCAAUGCACGCACGACAAAAGUUUUCUGGUUCUUGUUGCAGCAAGUAAUCCGCGUAAACCAAAAUUUUCUUGAAUGUUGCAAUUGUUGCAACAGAUUUCACAUAAAGUGCC